UUACAUUCUGUCCAACGGCAAAAUUUGAUCGCUUUACUGCCAUCAAAGAUUUGCAGUUGUUUGCACGUAAGCUAGCAUUUAAAAAGAUGUUUAAUCAUAACAUUGAAGCUUCCAACUCUGAUCUUUCCACCAGGACUGACCAAGAAGCGGUACGCACUUUGAUUGAACUCAUGGAUGAACAAGAACCACAACCUACAGGUACUACAUCUACUGAAUUCCUUGAUGUUAAGAUCAUAAGAGAUGACAACGGUUUCCUUUCCACUGACCUUUUUAGAAAAAGUACUUCUGCCAACACUAUACUUCAUGCAAAAUCCGGACACCCACGACACCUAGUGAAUAACAUCCCAACUGGACAAUAUCUUCGGGCACGACGUAUCUGUUCCAAUACCUUGGACUUCGAGAAACAAGCUGAAGAUCUUCAGGUUAAAAGACGUACCAUCAAACAGGAUUCCGAUACCGUUAGAUUCAUCACAACAUACCACUCACGGACCCAAGAUAUGAACACAGCAAUUGCAAAAUACUGGCCCUUACUUACGACAGACCAGGUUCGGGGCAUUGAUCGGGUCUAUGCUGGCCCUCGUGGCGGCAAUUGGAAAACUCUUCUCGCUCAAAAAGAAUGUAAAUGGAUUGAAAUUUUGGGAACAAAAACUCCGGCUGGAUUGAACGAGAUCAACAGUUUUGCCUCCUAUUUGGUCUACAAUACAUCUUGCUCAUCAUUCUAUCAAUAUGGCGGGAGACUCCCCUUUUCCUUCCUUUUCUCUCCUCCUUUCCCAUGUUCCCCAUCCUUAUGUACUAUUCGAUAUAUCUUUAAUGUAUUUAUUAUUGUUGCUAUUACUAGUAGUGCUGUCCAAUUAACUAUCUGUGGAUGGUUCAUGUAUGUAUAUUCAUACAAUAUUGAUUUGUCUUUCUUAAAUUAUGUUUAAAGCUAUAUGGGGGGCCCCCCACCUUAUCAUGUAUGUUUAUUCAUGUGUUUUUUAUAGUUAUUAUUUUUUGGCUAUUAUAUUACCAUCCUCUUUUAUUGAUGUACAAUUCAUAUAUUACAUACAUUUCAUUUAUCAUGCCCUCCUCUAUUUGUCCCUAUAUCUUAUCACUUGGCAAUACUAAUGCAUUUAUUAUUUUCCAUACUUAUCACAAUUAUUCAUUUAUUUCAUCACUUCCAUUCAUUCACCUUCCCAGCAUUAAAUCCCAUGGCAUAUUUGUACACUCAGGUCUAUUUCAUCACAUUAUCCCCAUUCACACCCCUCUUCAUUUCCACCCCCCCCCCUCUCUUCUUCCCCUCUAUAUACAUAUAUAUAUUUUUUUUUUCCUGCCCUUUCACUAUUUUUGCACAAAUGUUGUUUAUUUUCACGUG